AUGCUGCACUCAUCAGCGAUAGCCGGGGCGUGCGCGGGCCUGGUCUCGUCUGUCGUCACCUGUCCAUUGGACGUAGUAAAAACCCGCUUACAAGCGCAAGAAGGGCGGCGGCGACCGAACACCUCUCCUCCAUCAAUACCAGCCGCAGGCGAACCACCACGGUACCUCGGCCUCACGGGCACGCUGCGCAAGAUCUGGACCGACGACGGCUUUCGCGGCUUCUACCGUGGUCUUGGCCCCACCAUCUUCGGCUACCUCCCCACAUGGGCGAUCUAUUUUACCGUCUAUGACAAUUGCAAGUCUGCGCUUGCGCGGAAUAAUCUCACGGCAAGUGAGGAUUUUCUCAACCAUAUCGUGGCGGCGAUGACGGCGGGGGCGGCGAGUACGGUGUGCACGUCUCCACUGUGGGUCGUCAAGACGCGUUUCAUGCUUCAGAGCCCCCGCGAUGGGGCGCGGGCGUAUAGGCAUACCGGCGAUGCCUUCCUGCAGAUCUACCGGAGCGAAGGGUUGAGAGGCUUCUACAAGGGGUUGUUACCGAGUCUGUUUGGCGUGUCCCACGUCGCAGUGCAAUUUCCGCUGUAUGAAUCGUUCAAGGGCCUAGCGCGAAGACGAGGGGUGGAUGGGGAGGAGGGCGAGCUGGAAGCAUCCACCAUCCUACUCUGCAGUAGCACAGCCAAGAUGAUUGCGUCCGUAACAACCUAUCCGCACGAAGUGCUGCGAACACGACUGCAGAUGCAGCCGCGAGCCAAACCGCCCACCCCAACAGCCCCUGCUCCCGCCGCAGCAGCAGACGCCGCAGCAACAUUAGCAGAAAAGGUCGGCGCAGGCAGAUACACAGGCGUCCUCCAGGCCUGCAGAACCAUCGCACGCGAGGAAGGCAUCCGAGGCUUCUACAAGGGCAUGACGGUCAACCUGGUCAGGACCGUGCCUAGCUCGGCACUGACGAUUCUGACGUACGAACUCAUCAUGCAGCAUCUGAGCCAGGUUGACGCCGCAAGGGCCAACGAGGACGAUUCAUAG